UCCGGGGGUCCGGGAGGACACCAUGCACCGUCCGGGGGUCUCUCCCCCACUGCUGCUGCUGCUGCUGCUCGGAGCGCUGCUCUGCACCCACGGCCUGGACAGCAGCCCCGAGUGUGCCUGUGGCCGCAGCCAUUUCACCUGCGCCGUGAGCGCGCUGGGCGAGUGCACCUGCAUCCCUGCCCAGUGGCAAUGCGACGGCGACAACGACUGCGGCGAUCACAGCGACGAGGACGGCUGCAUGUUGCCCACCUGCUCCCCUCUGGACUUCCACUGCGACAACGGCAAGUGCAUCCGCCGCUCCUGGGUGUGCGAUGGCGACAACGACUGUGAGGACGACUCGGAUGAACAGGACUGUCCACCCCGAGAGUGCGAGGAGGACGAAUUCCCCUGCCAGAACGGCUACUGCAUCCGCAGCCUGUGGCACUGCGACGGGGACAACGACUGCGGCGACAACAGCGACGAGCAGUGUGAUAUGCGCAAGUGCUCGGAGAAGGAGUUUCGCUGCAGCGACGGCAGCUGCAUCGCUGAGCACUGGUACUGCGACGGCGACACGGACUGUAAGGACGGUUCCGAUGAAGAGAGCUGCCCCUCGGCAGUGCCGGCCCCGCCGUGCAGCUUGGAGGAGUUCCAGUGCGCGUAUGGCCGCUGCAUCCUGGACAUCUACCACUGCGAUGGGGACGACGACUGCGGCGACUGGUCUGACGAGUCCGACUGCUCCUCCCACCAGCCCUGCCGGUCCGGGGAAUUCAUGUGCGACAGCGGCCUGUGCAUCAACGCGGGCUGGCGCUGCGACGGGGACGCUGAUUGCGACGACCAGUCCGACGAACGCAACUGCACCACGUCCAUGUGCACGGCGGAGCAGUUCCGAUGUAAAUCCGGCCGCUGCGUCCGUCUUUCUUGGCGCUGCGACGGGGAGGACGACUGCUCAGACAACAGCGACGAGGAGAACUGCGAGAAUACAGGGAUCCCCCAGUGUGCCUCCGACCAGUUCCUCUGUGGAAAUGGACGCUGCAUUGGCCAGAGGAAGCUGUGCAACGGUAUCAACGACUGUGCGGACAACAGCGACGAGAGCCCCCAGCAGAACUGCCGGCCACGGACGGGCGAGGAGAACUGCAACGUCAAUAACGGCGGCUGUGCCCAGAAGUGCCACAUGGCACGGGGGACGGUGCAGUGCACCUGUCACACUGGCUAUCGACUCAUGGAAGAUGGGCGCGCGUGCCAGGAUGUGAAUGAGUGUGCCGAAGAAGGCUACUGCAGUCAGGGCUGCACCAACAGCGAUGGGGCUUUCCAGUGUUGGUGUGAGGCCGGCUACGAACUGAGGCCCGACAGGCGCAGCUGCAAGGCUCUCGGGCCAGAGCCCGUGCUGCUCUUCGCCAAUCGGAUCGACAUCAGGCAGGUGCUGCCGCACCGCUCCGAGUACACGCUGCUGCUCAACAACCUGGAGAACGCCAUCGCCCUCGACUUCCACCACCGGCGCGAGCUCGUCUUCUGGUCGGACGUCACUCUUGACCGGAUCCUUCGGGCCAACCUCAACGGCAGCAACGUGGAGGAAGUGGUGUCCACUGGGCUGGAGAGCCCAGGGGGUCUGGCUGUGGACUGGCUUCAUGACAAACUCUACUGGACCGACUCGGGGACCUCCCGGAUUGAAGUGGCCAACUUAGAUGGUGCCCACCGGAAGGUGCUCCUUUGGCAGAACCUGGAAAAGCCCCGUGCCAUCGCCUUGCAUCCCAUGCAGGGUACCAUUUACUGGACAGACUGGGGCAACACCCCCCGCAUAGAGGCCUCCAGCAUGGACGGCUCGGGUCGACGCGUCAUUGCCGACACGCACCUGUUCUGGCCCAACGGGCUCACCAUUGACUAUGCGGGGCAUCGCAUGUACUGGGUGGAUGCCAAGCACCACGUCAUCGAGCGGGCUGACCUGGACGGGAGCAACCGCAAGGCCGUCAUCAGCCAGGGCCUCCCGCACCCCUUUGCCAUCACGGUCUUUGAGGACAGCCUGUACUGGACGGAUUGGCACACCAAAAGCAUCAACAGUGCCAAUAAGUUCACCGGCAAGAAUCAGGAGAUCAUCCGCAACAAACUUCAUUUCCCCAUGGACAUCCACACCCUGCACCCCCAGCGCCAGCCGGCAGGGAGAAAUCGCUGUGGGAACAACAAUGGGGGCUGCACCCACCUUUGCCUGCCAAGCGGGCAGAACUACAGCUGCGCCUGCCCCACCGGCUUCCGCAAGAUCAGCAGCCAAGCCUGUGCCCAGAGUCUUGACAAGUUCCUGCUUUUUGCCCGAAGGAUGGACAUCCGUCGGAUCAGCUUCGACACGGAGGACCUGUCCGACGACGUCAUCCCGUUGGCCGACGUGCGCAGCGCCGUGGCCCUGGACUGGGACUCCCGCGACGACUCUGUCUACUGGACCGACGUCAGCACUGACACAAUCAGCCGGGCCAAGUGGGAUGGAACAGGACAGGAGGUGGUGGUGGACACAAGUUUGGAGAGCCCGGCGGGACUGGCUAUUGACUGGGUCACCAACAAGCUGUACUGGACAGAUGCAGGCACCGACCGGAUCGAGGUGGCCAACACGGAUGGCACCAUGCGGACCGUGCUCAUCUGGGAGAAUCUGGACCGCCCUCGAGACAUCGUCGUGGAGCCAAUGGGCGGGUUCAUGUACUGGACUGACUGGGGUGCCAGUCCCAAGAUUGAGCGGGCGGGCAUGGAUGCCUCCAACCGCCAGGUCAUCAUCUCCUCCAACCUCACCUGGCCCAACGGGCUGGCUAUCGACUACGCUUCCCAGCGGCUCUACUGGGCGGAUGCCGGCAUGAAGACCAUCGAGUUUGCCGGGCUGGAUGGCAGCAAGAGGAAGGUGCUCAUCGGGAGCCAGCUCCCGCACCCUUUCGGGCUGACCCUUUACGGGGAGCGGAUCUACUGGACCGACUGGCAGGCCAAGAGCAUCCAGAGUGCCGACCGGCUGACGGGGCUGGAUCGGGAGACGCUGCAGGAGAAUCUGGAGAAUCUCAUGGACAUCCACGUCUUCCACCGCCUGAGACCUCCGGUGCACACAGCUUGUGCCGUGGCCAACGGCGGCUGUAGCCACCUGUGUCUCCGGGCCCCUCCUCCCAGAGGCUUCAGCUGCACCUGUCCCACCGGGAUCAACCUUCGGACGGAUGGAAAGACCUGCUCCUCUGGCAUGAGCAGCUUCCUGAUCUUCGCCAGGAGAACGGAUGUGCGCAUGGUGUCCCUGGACAUACCUUACUUUGCUGAUGUGGUGGUGCCCAUCAACGUUACCAUGAAGAACACCAUUGCCAUCGGGGUGGAUCCGCAAGAAGGCAAAGUUUACUGGUCGGACAGCACCCUACGCAGGAUCAGCCGUGCCAACCUCGACGGCUCGCUACACGAGGACAUCAUCACCACAGGGCUGCAGACCACGGACGGGUUGGCGGUUGAUUCCGUCGGCCGGAAGGUCUACUGGACGGACACGGGAACCAACCGAAUUGAAGUGGGCAACCUGGAUGGGUCCAUGAGGAAGGUGUUGGUGUGGCAGAACCUGGACAGUCCUCGGGCCAUCGUCCUGUAUCAUGAGACGGGCUCCAUGUACUGGACAGACUGGGGGGAGAACGCCAAGCUGGAAAGGGCCGGGAUGGACGGCUCGGACCGCACCGUCCUCAUCAGCAACAAUCUGGGCUGGCCCAACGGACUGACGGUGGAUAAGGCCGGCUCGCAGCUGCUCUGGGCCGAUGCCCACACCGAGCGCAUCGAGGCCGCCGACCUGAACGGGGCCAAUCGGCGCACGCUGGUCUCUCCCGUGCAGCACCCUUACGGCCUCACCCUGCUCGACUCCUACAUCUACUGGACCGACUGGCAGACCCGCAGUAUCCACCGGGCUGACAAAAGCACCGGCAGCAAUGUCAUCCUGGUGCGGGCCAACCUGCCCGGACUCAUGGACAUCCAGGCGGUGGACCGGGGCCGGCGGCUUGGCGCGAACAGAUGCGGCUUGAAGAAUGGCGGUUGCUCCCACCUCUGCCUGCCCCGGCCCUCGGGCUUCUCCUGCGCCUGCCCCACGGGCAUUCAGCUCAAGGGAGAUGGGCACACGUGCGACCCUUCCCCCGAGACCUACCUGCUUUUCUCCAGCCGGGGCUCCAUCCGGCGCAUCUCCCUGGACACGAGCGACCACACGGAUGUGCACGUGCCCAUCCCCGAGCUCAAUAACGUCAUCUCUCUGGACUACGACAGUGUGGAUGGGAAGGUCUACUACACUGACGUUUUCCUGGAUGUUAUCAGGCGGGCCGACCUGAACGGCAGCAGCAUGGAGACCGUCAUCGGACAGGGGCUGAAGACCACCGAUGGAUUGGCAGUGGACUGGGUGGCCAGAAACCUGUACUGGACAGACACGGGCCGCAACACCAUCGAGGCAGCCCGGUUGGACGGCUCCUGCCGGAAGGUGCUAAUCAACAACAGCCUGGAUGAGCCCCGGGCCAUCGCUGCUUUCCCCAGGAAGGGGUACCUCUUCUGGACAGACUGGGGACACAUCGCCAAGAUCGAGCGGGCCAACCUGGAUGGCUCCGACCGGAAAAUCCUUAUCAAUACAGACCUGGGUUGGCCCAAUGGCCUCACUCUAGACUACGAUACCCGCAGGAUAUAUUGGGUGGAUGCACACCUGGACCGGAUCGAGAGCGCAGACCUCAAUGGAAAGCUACGACAGAUCUUAGUCAGCCAAGUGUCCCAUCCGUUUGCUCUCACACAGCAAGACAGGUGGAUCUACUGGACAGACUGGCAGACCAAAUCCAUUCAGCGAGUGGACAAGUAUUCGGGUCGGAACAAGGAGACGGUGCUGGCUAACGUCGAGGGGCUCAUGGACAUCAUCGUGGUCUCCCCGCAUCGGCAGACAGGGACCAACGCCUGCGGGGUGAACAAUGGAGGCUGCACCCACCUCUGCUUCGCCAGAGCUUCGGACUUUGUCUGCGCCUGUCCCGAUGAGCCAGAUGGGCGGCCUUGCUCCCUAGUUCCUGGACUUGUGCCCUCAGCACCCAAGGCCACCACAACGAGCGACAAGAGCCCCGGGCCACCCAACAUGCCACCCACCACCCUUCACUUGCCCACUGACAGAACCCACACUUCCCGAGAGGCAGGUGAAGGAAACUGCUCGGAGAAGAACACCCGCCAGGGCCUCUGUGCCCAUUCCAACGAGGCUGUGCCUGCUGUCUCAGGAGAAGGACUGCACGUCAGCUACGUCGUUGGCGGCCUCCUUAGUGUCUUGCUCAUUCUGCUGGUGAUUGCUGCCCUGAUGCUGUACAGGCAUAAAAAAUCCAAAUUCAGCGACCCUGGUCUGGGGAAUCUGACCUACAGCAACCCCUCCUACCGCACGUCCACCCAGGAGGUGAAGAUCGAAACCAGCCCGAAACCAGCCAUGUAUAACCAGCUGUGUUCUAAGAAAGAGGCCGGUCCCGACCACAACUACACAAAGGAGAAGAUCAAGAUCGUGGAGGGGAUCUGCCUCCUGUCCGGGGACGAGGCCGAGUGGGAUGACCUGAAGCAGUUAUGCGGCUCCCGGGGGGGGCUCCUGCGGGACCACGUGUGCAUGAAGACGGACAUGGUGUCCAUCCAGGCCAGUUCCGGUUCUCUGGAUGACACGGAGACGGAGCAGCUGCUGCAAGAGGAGCAGUCCGAGUGCAGCAGUGUCCUCGCCGAGGCCACCCUGGAGAGGCGGGGCUCGCUGCCGGACACGGGCUGGAAACACGAACGCAAGCUCUCCACUGAGAGCCAGGUCUAGAUGCUCAUGCUCUUCUCCCCCCCGUCCCGUCCCCACGUGGCUCUCCUCCUCCUCCUCCUCCUCCUCUCCCCUCUGCUCCUCCUCCAUUACAAACUUCCCGGCCUCAGGCUCACUUAAACAACCACCUUCCUCACAGUUGCCCGCCCCUCCCCAUCAUGGGAAGUGUUUUCCAUCUGUAUCGAAGGCCACCUGGGCAUGAGA